GGUAGUCAAUAGAGGUACAGGGGUGGGUGGAUGAGGCACAAGAAUAAUUGGUCAGUGGUAUCUAUAUAAAACAGACCUGAGAACAACGAGGUGUCAGAUCCAAGAUGAAGACUUUGUGUGUUGUUAUUGUUGUGCUGAGUUUCACCUCAGUGUGUCAGCCUGCAUCACUGGCCUGUCAGAAGCUGCUGAAACCAGCGGAAACAAUUCCAGUUUUGACUGGGAGAUGGCAUGCCAUAGCCUUUUCCUCUGAAAUCUGUGGCAUGAACGAAUUUUGGGGCUAUGUUAUUUGGCCAAGUAUUGCAUUGGACGUUACUGCUAAAGACACAGCAAACAUUUAUGAUGUCAACAUUAAAAUGAACAUGCACGGACAUUGCAGCAAUCAAUCACAAACGUAUUUCACUCGGAACAACCACAUUUUUGAUGUUGACAGCAACAAUCUCCCAGUUGGUGACCCACAUGUAAUGGUGCAAACUGGCUGUCCUGACUGCAUUGUGUUGAAGAGAAAUGUCACAACUAUUGUACUCUACAGUAGGCGAAGCACUGUCACUGCUGACGAGAUGAAGGAGUUUGAGACACAGAUAGAGUGUCUUGGCUGGAAGAGACCGGAAGUAUUAAAGUCAGCUCACGACUAUGACACCUGCAAGAUCAUUGAUGACGAUACUGAUUGGAAUCAACUGCAAUUAGGUGUUGUAAUUAAUGAGAGGAUGAAAAAUGCAAAAGAGGCCACUAAGUGUUUUGAGGAGUUUUUAGGGCAAGUUAUUUCUGCUAUUCUUGAGGCAAUCUUCGCUCGCUUGCCUUGGAUGCAAAAACAGUGACAUCAAACCUACAAAUCAGAGUCACUUUUGAUCUACUGAUCUGGAUUAAAUACAAACAGUGAAAGACAAAAGUCCUCCUGUGUCUCAAUAAACACUAUUUGUCCUUAUAUUUCAGAAGUACAAGUUUUAUUCACAACAACCUCCAAUACAUCCACUUAGAUAUAUCGGUCUACAAACACUAUUGGAUUUAACAUUUAAACUUGCGUUAAAUGUAGAUGUAAUCUUGGUUUCAACCUGUACAACACAGAAAUAAGAACAUCAAGUAAUACGGUGAAAGAUGGGUUACAUACACAACAUGUACACAUAUCAUAUAAGACCAGCUUUGCUACUUAAAAACCACUGAGAAGCAGGUUUGCCAUUAGGAAGGGAGGUUUCUCAUUUGACUCAUUAUAGCCAGGCAGAUACUAGUUUCAUUUCCCCUUAAAUCUCUGAUAUCCCUGCUGCCAUCUCAUUUGUGUUGCUCACUUCGUUACAUUUUUAUAAUGUACAACUUUCUUUUUUUUUUUUUAUAUGUUUUUGUCCACUGAGAAGCAGGGUUGGUAACAAACAUUCACUUUUUUUCUUUUAUUUAUUCCAUUUCCUUUUCCUUACGUACCUCACUACUCCUUUCUUUCUCACUACCUGGCUGUUUGGUUCACCCUCUGUCACACUUAGGUGUCCUGACUGAGUUCACCAAUUGAUGCACCAAUAAAAUCUUCAUUAUUAAAAUAAAUCUUGAGUUAAGAGUGAAA